AUGCCCAUCACCGAAAGCGAUGUCGGCAUUACCGAAUUCCUUAGCUACCACCGCCCCUUUCGCGCAAUCCUAAAACAGCGCAUCAAUGACUUUGUCGUCAACGAGGUCACCCGCUCCGGCAAGAUAGCCAAGCUUACCCGUUUGGCCCAGUUUCAGAGCAAACCGUCUCCCAGGGAGCACGAAACCACUGCGGCUGAUAAUGCGGGCAACCAAUCCACACAACCUGCGUUCGAGGCACUAGAAGCCUGUUUUGAAGAACCGCAACGAGCAUCCAUUUCAGACCUCAUCCGGAAGGCUAUCGACUCUCAGGAAUCCGAAGUCGUGCUUCCCAUUUGUACUGACAAGCAAAGACGAACGGCUAUGCACGUCUGGGUUCGCAACAACAUUCCACAAUACAUCACCGACACAGUGACGCGUGAGGUUGACGACACCCAAGGACAGGCCGUCCGACUGCGCCUCAAGAAAUCUUGCCGCCCCUGGAAGCGCCGCCGCACCGACUCCUUGUUCAACACCGAUGCCGUCGAUGCUGCCACGUACGACCCGCGCGAGGGCAAGCACCUCCCGCACAAGCAUCGCGAAUGGCGUGAGGAUGCCCCGCCGCAAGUCACCCGCCAAACUUACGUCCAGUUUGUGCUGUGGAAGAGAAACAAAGAUACCAUGGACGCCCUCAAUACGCUCUCCAAGAUCUUACGUGUUCCGUCCAGCGCUUUUGCGUACGCGGGGACAAAGGAUAAGAGGGCCGUUACCACCCAGCUCGUUCAGGUGCGAGGGGUUUCCGAGAGCCGCUUCGCCCACGCGAAUAGGACGAUAACUAGGCGCGAGAGGGGUGGAAGAUCGAUAGCGGUUGGCGACGUUGAAAUAUUGCCGAAGGAGACAAAAGGGUCGCUAGGGCUGGGCGAUUUGAAAGGAAAUCGCUUUACCCUAGCACUUCGGGAUUUGGAUUUAGCAACUGAGGACGAUCGAACGAAUGUGCAAGCGGCUGUGGAGAGUGUGCGCAAGCACGGGUUCGUCAAUUAUUUUGGCUUGCAGAGGUUUGGGUCGGGUGUGUCUGGGACUCACGAGACUGGGUUCGCGUUCCUGCGCGGUGAUUUUGAGGAUGUGUGUCGCAGGAUAUUGCUGCCGUUGCGACUGAACGAGUGGGAUGAAAAUGGGAGAGAUGGCAUCAGACCGGAGCGUCGGCAAAUGAAUGAUGCACUCGAGAAAUUUGGGAAGAGGGAGAUAUCGGCUAAGGAUCUCUUGAGAGUGCUGCCCAAAUGGAUGCAUAUUGAGACGGCCAUCGUCUCAUCGUUUGUCCAUGAUGAAGAUCACGAGCGGGACAGGUAUGAUUACAGGGCUGCCUUUGACAAGCUUCCGCGCAAUUUGCGGCGCAUGUAUGGCCAUGCUGUGCAGAGCUAUCUGUGGAACGUGAUAGCCUCAGAGAGGAUCCGCAUGUGUCGUCCUGAUGAACAGUCCCGCAUGCAUGCUAUCAAGGGAGAUAUCGUGCUCAUGAAUCCGGAGGAGAAAGGGGAGAUGAACUUUGAGACAGCCGUGAGGGUGGUGUCUGAGGAAGAAGAGCGGCAAAAAUCUGUGUCCGUUUUCCAGGUACUGAUACCGGUGCUCGGUUCUGAAGUAUCACUAUCGCAUGGUAUGCCAUACGCAGAGCGCGUCCAGGGAAUGAUGGAAGAGCAGAAAAUCGAUCUUGCAAAUAGACUCACCUCAGACUACGGAAUGAAGGGUACUUACAGGCCCCUACUGUCACAGCCCGAGGAUGUGGAGAUGGAGAUUGUGUCUUAUUCCAGUUCAUCUGAUGUACUAAUCGAACCAUACGUCCCAACCUUGUUGGGAAAGAACCGAGGAGAAACAUUUGAGUCUGAAAUUGACAUUCUAAAUGGCGAAAAGCAAAACACGGACGACACACAGACUGCAAAGGAAAAGAAGACUAGGACUGCCGCCGAUGAUAAUCGUAACUCAAAUACCUCUGCAGCACAGAGGGAUGUCAUCUCAGAUGGGAGAGUUAGCUCACCAUUGAGUCACGAGGACUCGCAGCAGCUGGGCGUGGACACGCAAGGCGCUGGAAUACCAGAGGAACCCAAAAAGGCACUUAUAAUAGCGUUUACGCUUGGACGUGGGGAAUUUGCAACUAUGCUGAUUCGCGAACUGACGGGUCAGAAUAGUUCUACAGCGAAUCAAAAGGCACUGCAGAAAGCCAUCCGCGAAGACGAGCGUGGCUAA